ACAAGCUGGCUCCUUUCAGACGCUGGCGGCUCGCAGUCCCGCGCUCGACAACACCACACCCCCAUCACCGACUGAGCCUCCUGCGCUACCUCUUCCCCCAGUCCCUCCGCGAGCGCUAUCGUGAGCGCCUGCUGGGUUUCCACCUCGAUACUCUCCCCUACUACAAGCACCGCCUUCAGUCUCGCAUCUACCAGUACAUCCUCAAGAGACAGCGAAAGCCCGGCGUCGCCGCCGCUGUUCGCACCGUCUUCCGCCGGGGCCGCGGCCUGCUCCUCGGCCCGAACCCAGGAAGCACCGGCACCCGCCCAGCGCGUUAUGCGAGGACGCGAUCCCAGCAGCAGAACAAGUCGAAGAGGAAGAUGCCUAUCCUACCAGGCUUUGGCGGCGGGCCAGGCGCAUAUGGGUCCGAUCCCGCCACAGCAGUCGGCGGCGGCAGGCGUAGGAAGCUUGCCGCCAUGGCCAAUAACAUGUACCGUGCCGGCGCGACCGCGGUGAACGAAAUUCGAGAGGGCUACGCGCACAUCCCCAGGGCUGGCGAGCUGACGCAGGACGACGGGCUCGGCAAGACGACGAUCCCCGGAUCCUUCCCUGACGUAGCCAUCACCGUGCAAGGGAACGACCAGAUGGUCAUCUUCCCCUCUUAUGCGAAGCGCCAUAUCAAGGGCGAAUGGGCCCAGCUACCCGAGCAGCAGCAGCAGCCGAACUCGCAACAGGGCACCAAAGACGAGGACUGGUGGCGACAGCAGUGGGAGCGGGAUCAGGACGAGCGCGCCAUUGUCGAUGUCGACGUGCGUGGAUGGAUAUAUUCGCCGCACAGGGGCCAGGUCACGAGGAGGAACCGUGUUUUGAUCGGUCUGGCGCGUCAGUUGAGCGGCAUUCCGGCGCCAAAGUCCGACGCCAAGCCGUCAAGCGGGGAGACGGGCUUUCUCGCCAUACACGAAUCGCACGAGGAACGACGUGAGCAAGAGAGAAUCGCCCAAAAGGCUGCCGAGAUCGAGAAGAAGGGCCAAGAAGAGAAGAGGGUGGCCUACCAUGGAGGCUAUAGCGAGCCGGCUCGAGGUGACGAUGGCGAGUUGAUUAGGGAUUACAACUCGAGGUCGCGAUCGCGAAGUCCUAAUCCCACGCUGGGAUCCGCGCCAGGCUCUCCGCAAUCUGUGGCAAGGCAGUACACCACCAGCAAUGAACUUACAGACGCGGAGCUGGCAGUGGCUAACGCGAACCUCAUGGCGAGGAUAGCGCCAUUCAUGACGACACCCUUGGUGGAGCAGCCAAUAACCAUCUUUUUCUACAACGACGAGCACUCGGCAUCAAGAACGGUCGAGACGAACGAGGCAGGCCACUUCAUGGUCAGGGCAGCUCUCGAGUUCGUCCCUACGCAUGUUCGCGUCUUGGCAAACGAAAACCUUUCAGCAACCCAAGAAAUCAAGAUUAUAGAGCCCAAAGGCGUCAGUUUGAUCAGCGACAUUGAUGACACUGUCAAGCGCUCCAACAUCUCGGGCGGCGCCAAAGAGAUCUUUCGAAAUACAUUUAUCCGAGAACUCCGCGAUCUUACUGUCGAAGGCGUUAAGGAAUGCCCCUGGCAACUGUUUCCCGUGCUGGCUAGCUUUUUCAUGAUUGCUGGCCUGCCGCCGGGAUCCCUUCACCUCAAACAGUACAGUGGCAUGCUCCAGGGCAUUUUUGAACCUGUCGCGGAGAGAAAGCGUAGCACGCUCUGCAGGCUGUUGAAGGACUUCCCCGAGCGCAAAUUCAUGCUUGUUGGUGACAGCGGCGAGGCCGACCUCGAGGUCUACACCGAGCUCGUUGUCUCUCACCCAGACCGCAUCCUUGCCGUGUUCAUCAGGGAUGUGACUACCCCAGAACAGACCGGCUUCUUUGACUCGUCGUUCGGCAGGGGCAACAUAUCGCGAAGGGCAACUGCAGAUGACGAGCCUCAUCAACGGCCAGCGUUGCCGCCGCGCGGUGAAACGCCAAAAACGACGGGUCCGAUGAUGGGUGAUCUCAUCGACUUCUCGGACGAGCCAGCGUCUACGGCAGCGAACAACACCGCUAAGGUCUCGCAACUGCAAGCUGACCGCCAGCCGAGGCACUCAGCGAGCACGACCGACCUUCUCACGCGACAGGCACCACCUCGACCGGUCAAGCCAGCGUCAUUACGAAGCUCUCCAUCCGAUGAAAAAGCACAAAUGUUGGGCGCAGACCUAAGGCCGCAAAACUCCAAAGGCAUUCCGACGCCUCCUCUGCCCCGUAAAAAGGUGCCUGGAGACCGGCCCACUGCCCAUCCCCUGUCCCAAACACACAACCUCUCGCUGCAAACAUUAGGCAGCACAAGCAGUCUUCCCAAUAACGCCAGGAUUCCAGCUUCUACCCGCACGAGCGACUCCUCCAUUCGUUCCGGCCGCACUGCGGCGCCGCCGCCUCCGCCGCCACGCCGCCGCGACACACCCUCCAGCAUCCGCAGCACCAGCCCCCGCUCAGUCGCCCCUGGUCGUCAGCGCCCAGCCGCCGACGAAGACGUGGACUUUGAUCCCCUUCCGUCCUCGUCAUUCGUGCCGCCACCUGUCGGCCCCCGGCGCACCAACACACAGUCGACGAGUGGCACGCCAUCGGGCUCACCACCGCUUGGCGCCACGGCUGUCAACAAGAAGGUCGAACUAUGGAAUCGCCGCUUACAGCGGGCACACGAAACGCUGGCCGCACACGGAGUGAGGCUGUACACGUGGCGGCGCGGUGACGAUGUCGUUGCUGAGGCCGUCGGGCUCGUGGAGCAGGCGACGAGAGGGUCCAGGGGUGGAGAGAAGGAUGCCCGGACCGAGGGGCGACGGUUCGAGGAGAAGCUCAAGAGAGAAAAGGGCCGGGAGGAGGGAUAUCAUCAGCACCAGUACUGA